AUGUCUGGAGCUGCGCUCAAGGGCGCCGAGACGGGUCACAACUUGCUCAAGAGAAAGAAAAUCACCCGCCGAAUCGACGAAGCCAAACGCAAGAUGGGCCGCGUCAUGCAGAUCGCCUCGCUCUCCCUCGCCGAGGUCACGUACGCCGUCGGCGGCAACAUCGGUUACCAGAUCCAAGAGUCGGCCAAGUCGGCGCGAUUCCGCAUCCGCGCCAAGCAGGAGAACGUCUCGGGUGUGCUGCUUCCAGCCUUCGAGGCCUACCAGACUGAGGGCAACAACGACUUCGCCAUGACAGGUCUGGGCAAGGGUGGUCAGCAGGUACAACGGUGUCGCGAGACGUACGCCAGGGCAGUGGAGGCCUUGGUUGAGCUGGCUAGUCUGCAGACGGCGUUCGUUAUUCUUGAUGAGGUCAUCAAGGUUGUCAAUCGGAGAGCUCUGGCACACACAGAGAGAAACUCACUGACAGCUAUGAUAGAUAUCAACUCGGAACUCGACGAGCUUGACAGAGAGGAAUUCUACAGACUCAAGAAAGUCGCUGCCAAGAAGCAACGCGACAAUGCGGAAACCGACGCUCAGAUGAAAGCAAAGAAGGCAGAGCAGCAGCGGUUGUUAACCCUUGCGGAGGGCGAGAAUGUUGAAGGUGAACAGGCGACCGAAGCACUCGUAGCACCAGAAGCGACCGACCUGCCAGAUGAUACCCCUGCCGAUAUCUUGGCUGCCGAGGAGGACGAAGACAUCAUCUUCUAG